UGCAAAGAUGUUUUGAUAAGAAAGCGUUGGCAAAGGAAAAUUCGUAUAAAAAUGUCUGAGACCUUGCCAAUAAAUAGCGACUCUGGCAGCGAAGAGGAGGAAGAGGAGGUGGAACCAAAGUUCAAAUAUCAGCGUAUAGGCAAUGAUCUUAAAAAUAUACUCAACACAGAUGUGGUCACCUGCAGUGCCGUGCACUCAAAGUUUCUUAUAUUUGGCACUUUUAGGGGCUGUGUCUAUCUUUUGGACCAUCAGGGCAAUUCAGUGGAAUCCAAUUUGAGUAAUGGUGACCGCCAUACGCACUCUGUUGCGGUUAAUCACAUUGAUGUGGACCCCAAAGGCGAAUAUGUAGCUACUUGCUCCGAUGAUGGAAAGGUCAAUAUUACGGGAUUAUUCAGUUGUGAGAAUAAUCAAAACUUGAGCUUUGGUAAAUUUAUAAAAGCUGUUGCAUUGGAUCCUGAAACAAAAACAGGAGUGCGACGUUUUAUAGUGGGACACGACAAAUUAACGCUCUAUGAGCGAAAUUUACUAAAGAAACUAAAACCCAGCGAUUUGUGUGCUGUGGAGGGCAGCGUCUUGUCCAUUAGCUGGCAAGGUAACUUUGUAGCCUGGACAAGUCAUUUGGGUGUGCGUGUGUUUGACCUCAGCGAAAAAUGCUCGCUGGGUCUGAUGAAGUGGGAAGUGCCGCCACAGGCACGCUUGGAAAACUUUCGCUGCCACAUGCAAUGGUCCAAUCCCAAUACAUUGCUCAUUGGCUGGGUGGACACAAUACGCAUAUGUGUAAUACGCAAACGCAAUGCCAUCGAGGCAGCCUCUGGCAAUUUGCCGGGCUAUAUAGUAGAUCCAGUCUCAACAUUUCAAACAUCAUUUUAUAUAUGCGGCUUGGCGCCGUUGGCCGCCAAUCAAUUGGUGGUGCUUGGCUAUCGCAAGGAGCGCAGCGCCAACUACAAGGCAUUGCGUCCCGUGCUCUGCGUCAUCGAAUAUAAAAUGAACAGCUGUGAAGAAGUCUGCACCGAUAGCCUAACGCUGCGUGGAUUCGAGGAAUACACGGUCAAUGACUAUAGCCUGGGCUGUAUUAUGGAGGAGCAUCGUUAUUAUAUAGUCGCGCCCAAGGAUAUUGUAGUGGCCAGUCUGGUAGAGAUAAAUGAUCGUGUCGAGUGGCUCAUUAAGCACAACAAAUUUGAGGAAGCCAUGGAGAUUGCGGAACAUGGAGGUAAUGUACCACUGCUCUCUAUUGCAAGAUUGUAUAUAAACUAUUUGCUAACGCUCAAACAAUAUGAGGAUGCCGCUAAGCUGUGUCUGCGUGUGCUGGGUAAUGAUAAGGCAUUGUGGGAGGAGGAGGUAUUCAAGUUUGUUAAAUGUCAGCAACUGCGCUGCGUGAGCGCGUACUUGCCCACCUCAGAGGACUGCAAACUGGAUCCACAUGUCUAUGAAAUGGUGCUCUAUGAGUUUCUUAAAUUCGACGUGCCCGGAUUCCUUAACCUGAUCAAAGAAUGGCCACCACAGCUGUACGAUGGCUUGGCUGUCAUCAAUGCCAUACACGAUCAUUUUCGCAAGCAGAAUGCCAACGAAUUGCUUGAAUCCUUGGCGCUUUUAUAUUCCUACAAAGGCGAUUAUGAAAGUGCUUUGCGCAUGUAUUUAAAAUUACAGAACAAGGAUGUCUUUGAGCUUAUACGUCGCUUUGCGCUUUACGAUGUCAUUUCCAAACUUAUCAUUCCACUCGUACAACUGGAUCGCGAACGUGCCUUUAAAAUAUUACUAGAUAAAGAAAAAAUAAAACCCGAAGUGGUUGUACAUCAAUUGGAGCAAAACGAAACCUAUCUGUUUUGGUAUUUGGAUGCUCUGGAUAAGAUUGAUAGUCGUGGGACAUUCCAUCAGAAGCUGGUAGCACUGUAUGCAAAAUAUGAUAGAACCAAACUAUUGCCCUUUCUGCGUCGAUCCAAUGACUACGUCAUACAAGAUGCGCUGGCAAUUUGCAAACGUGAGGGCUUUCAUCCAGAAAUGGUUUACCUCUUGGGUCGCAUGGGCAGUCUUGUGGAGGCGUUAAAUAUUAUAAUACAUAGCAUAAAAGACAUUGAGAUGGCCAUAGAGUUUUGCAAGGAGUACAAUGACGACGAUUUAUGGAAUGUUCUUAUUGAUGAAUCCACUAAACAACCUGAAAUAGUUACCAAAGUGCUUGAUGGCAUAGUGGACUAUGUCAAUCCGGAGCUGGUGGUGAGCAAAAUUAAACAAGGCCAAACCAUACCAAAUCUGCAGAAAUCUGUUGUAAAAUUGCUGUGGCACUAUAACCUGCAAGAGGAAGUGCUGCGCCUGGCACAUAAUAUCCAAUUGACUGACUAUUUUGACAGUCACGCUGAGGUGGUAUCCAUGCAGCAACGAGCACGUUCUGUCUCCUUUGAAAAAGUCUGCCCGAAGUGCAAUCGUGCCCUGAUCACCAAAGACGCAGCGGUGCCACGAAAUGGUCUGAUUGUUUUCAACUGUGGACAUGUCUACCACGAAGAUUGCUUAACCGAUAAAGAAUGCAGCGAAUGCGUAGACUGGGACACAGCUAUACAGGAGGGGCGGCCCGCAUUGCCCCCAAAUUAAGCAAUGACAAUUCAUGAUAAGUCUGAAUGUUUUAUGUAUUAGGCGAUCACCGAACUGUUUUGUAUCAAUUUCAUGCAAAGUGUACAUUUUAAUUAUUAGCUGUAAGCCUUGCGUGUACAUUAUGUGUUAAUUUAUUUAUUCUAAUUCUCAUAAACAAUAUGCUUUAAUAAAAAAUGCUUUAUGAAAUUCAAAACGCGAUAAGCGUACACACUUAUCGCUCAGCAGUGCCAUCUCUAGCGGCCUGCACCAUCUCUAGCACUCAGCUGAUAAAUAAAAACGCGUGCUUAUUUAAUAAAAACUUACAAUUUAUGCAUGAAAUAUUGGCAAUUGUUUUUUAUUACAAUUGUUUGUGUUUAUUUCUUUUCUUUCACCCCAAUACACUGCAAACGGUUGUCAAAAAGCAUUUAAGCCUCAGUCUCAGACUGCAACUUAGC